AUGAAGUUCUACAUUGAGGAUCUUCCGGUUCUGUUCCCGUAUCCGCGGAUCUAUCCCGAGCAAUAUGCUUACAUGUGCGAUCUGAAGCGCACCCUCGAUGGCGGUGGCCACUGUGUGCUGGAGAUGCCCUCGGGAACGGGCAAGACCGUGUCUCUGCUGUCACUAAUCGUCGCCUACCAGCAGUUCUACCCAGAACAUCGGAAGCUGAUAUACUGCUCCCGGACCAUGUCCGAGAUCGAGAAAGCCCUGGCCGAGUUGAAGGCUCUUAUGAAGUACCGUGCGGAUCAGCUAGGCGAAGCGGAGGAUUUCCGGGGACUCGGACUUACAAGUCGAAAGAACUUGUGUCUUCAUCCGUCCGUCAAACGAGAAAAGAGCGGGUCAGUCGUCGAUUCGAGAUGUCGCAGUCUGACAGCUGGCUUCGUGAAGGAAAAGAAAGAACGCGGGGAAGACGUACCAAUCUGCAUCUAUCAUGACAAUCUCGACCUGCUCGAGCCUCACAACCUAAUACCUCCUGGGGUAUGGACACUAGACGGCAUGCUCCGGUAUGGAGAGCAGCAGAAGCAAUGCCCCUACUUCACAGCACGGCGCAUGAUGCCAUUCUGCAACGUAAUCAUCUACUCCUACCAUUACCUGCUAGACCCCAAGAUUGCGGAGCGAGUGUCCAAAGAGCUUUCGAAAGAUUGCAUAGUAGUCUUUGACGAGGCUCACAACAUCGACAACGUUUGCAUCGAGUCUCUGAGCAUCGACUUAACGGAAGACUCCCUUCGAAAGGCAGCCAGAGGCGCAAGCAACCUGGAGAAGAAAAUCACCGAGAUGAAGGACACGGAUGCUGAGAAGCUGCAAAACGAAUAUGCAAAGCUGGUUGAAGGACUGAGGGAGGCAGACGAGGCACGGGAUGAAGGGGCCUUCAUGUCCAAUCCUGCGCUUCCCGACGAUCUCCUGAAGGAAGCUGUGCCUGGUAACAUUCGUCGUGCAGAGCAUUUCACCGCCUUUCUGAAACGAUUCAUCGAAUACCUGAAGACGCGAAUGAAAGUGUUGCACGUCAUCUCAGAGACACCACCCUCGUUUCUCCAGCAUCUCAAGGAUUUGACCUUCAUCGAGAAGAAGCCACUUAGAUUCUGUGCGGAGAGAUUGACCUCGCUAGUGAGAACUCUGGAGUUGACCAACAUCGAAGACUACCAACCUCUGCAAGAAGUUGCAACCUUCGCCACGCUCGUCGCAACAUACGACACCGGCUUUCUGCUCAUCCUGGAGCCCUACGAAUCAGACACGGCGACGGUCCCCAAUCCCAUCCUCCACUUCACUUGCCUGGACGCCGCAAUAGCCAUGAAGCCUGUAUUCGAUCGCUUUAGCUCGGUCAUCAUCACUUCAGGAACCAUCUCCCCAUUAGAAAUGUACCCCAAGAUGCUUGGCUUCUCGACAAUUGUGCAGGAAUCGUAUGCUAUGACUUUGGCCAGAAGGUCUUUCCUGCCCAUGAUCGUUACCAGAGGAUCGGAUCAAGCCCAAAUCUCGUCAGGCUUCCAGACUCGAAACGAUCCAGGAAACGUGCGCAAUUACGGCAACCUGCUGAUCGAGUUCUCCAAGCUCACUCCGGAUGGAAUCGUAGUCUUCUUUCCCUCGUAUCUCUACAUGGAGAGCGUCAUCUCCCUGUGGCAAAGCAUGGGCAUUCUGGACCAAGUCUGGAAGAGCAAGCUCAUUCUCGUCGAAACUCCCGACAGUCAAGAGACAUCACUCGCGCUUGAGACUUACCGCACUGCGUGCAGUAACGGCAGAGGAGCAGUGCUACUGUGUGUCGCUCGAGGCAAGGUCUCAGAAGGUAUCGAUUUCGACCAUCACUACGGCCGCACUGUGCUGUGCAUCGGUGUUCCAUUCCAGUAUACCGAGUCAAGGAUUCUGAAAGCUCGAUUGGAAUUCUUACGGGAGACAUACCGCAUCCGUGAAAACGACUUCUUGUCUUUCGAUGCGAUGCGGCACUGUGCCCAAUGUUUAGGACGUGUCUUGCGAGGCAAAGAUGACUACGGAAUCAUGGUAUUGGCAGACAAGCGAUUCGCCAAGAAGCGGAAUCAGCUACCCAAGUGGAUAGCUGGUGCUUUGAUGGAGGGCGAUGCGAACAUGUCCGUGGACCAAGCAGUUGCCGCAGCGAAAAAGUUCUUGAAGACAAUGAGCAAGCCUUUCCCUGCGAAGCUUCAAGAGGGUAUCAGUACUUGGAGCUACGAGGAUCUGAUGGCGCAUCAAAGCAAACUCGACGCCGAGAAAUAUCGCGAGCAAAGGAACGGCGAAGGCAAUGGAGACGGACACAUCCACGGCGAUCAGGUCAUGGCAGACGCCCAAGCAGAUGAAGAGGAGAUGUAUAAUGAUCCAGACGUGGAUGCUGCGAUGAUGGAGCUCGACAACAGAUAG